ACUACCAUCAUCAUCAUCUUCAUCAUCACAGAGCCCCUCUGUGUGUUUACAGUGAGACUCUCCGCUUAACGGGAGACACGUUUUCUCGUUAUUGGUGGACAGUGGAUCUGCAGCCCUGUAUACUAAACAGGAGAACGAGCUCUUCAUCAUGAACUGCGACAUAGAUGGAGACAUGGAGAACCAGGUGGAGAUGGAAGAGAAGACAAGGUUAAUAAAUCAGGUCUUGGAACUCCAACACACCCUGGAAGACCUGUCAGCACGGGUGGACGCUGUCAAGGAGGAGAACCUGAAGUUAAAGUCGGAGAACCAGGUCCUCGGUCAGUACAUCGAGAACCUCAUGUCGGCCUCCAGCGUCUUCCAGACCACCGACACCAAGAGCAAAAGGAAGUGAGACUCCCUCAGGAGAAGCCUGAAGUCCCAGGCCAGCAGCUGGGAGGUUAAACCCAGCUCAGAGACGUGGAGAGGGGUUUAUUUUCUCAGCAGACCUAGGGAGGGUUUCUGUAACCGUUUACACUCGCAUAUCUGAGUCAAAACUUAACAAUUAAAUCAAAAGCAUAAACUUUGUCACUCAGAAAUAACAGAUUAACAUAAUGUUAUUCUGGCCCCAGGUCUGUUUUGCAGCAGCUUCCUCUCCACGCUACAGACGAGGUAGACAUCACCCUUUAACCACUUAAACACUAAAACAUAACCAGGAUCUGUAAAUGAAAGUGGUGAGGGGGUCAUUUGUACCUCAAGUCUGUUCUUAACACUCUAAAGUCAAAGUAGAACCUGUAAAAUAACGUCUUAGCUUGUGUUUUACCCGCUUGGUUUACCAUUUGAGGACAACUCAGAUUUUCCUGUGGUUCUCCCAAACCUCCUGACUCAGCGUUCCUGUCUCCCAAUCACCUGAAACAUAAAGUGGGCCAAAACAACCCGAUAUUAUAGAAUAUUUAAAAUACUCUUAAACGAUGAACCUCAUUUUUCUUUUCAACACUGGUUUAUUAUUUAUUUUUUUUGUAAAGUAUUUUGUACGUCAGCUGGAUCUGAGUUGGUUUUUUUGGGUCUUGGAUGUCAUCAUGUGUCAAACAGCAUGACUAUAUCCCUUCACUUUUAAAGCUGGCAAACAGUAUUACUGAAGAUAAGAUAAAAAAUGUAUUUGAACGGCAUGUCUUUCUGUUGGACAGGUGUGCAUAUCUAAUAAGAUGUUAUUAAAUCAAUAAUCACUGACUUGCAUACUGUGUAAAGCUGCUGAAAGCUUUUUUUAAACAGUAAGUGGAUAUUAGAUGCUUAAAGGUACUGUUGAGAGCUCAGCAACAAUAGAUGUAAAAGCACAGAGAACCUAAAAAAAAUGUAUCGACUAGCAUGUCAUUAAAGUGUAAUUAACAUCAACAUCACAUUCUGUACUUAAAAGUAUUUGUAAUAAUUUACAUAUAUGUCGUAAAUGAGUGUUGUGGCCCAAACCGUCAUUUAACACAAUAAGAAAGGAAGUGGUGGGGUCAUAAAUGAGGCUUAGAUCUUCCCUAGUUCAAUCACAGGACGACAAACGCAUCAUAUUACUGUUGGUGCUGUGAGAGGGGGGAGGGGGCUACAGGAGACAAACGAGGGGAGAAUUAGAUGCUUUUCCCCCUUUAACUGCAAGAACAAAAGCAGUUAAGAGCCCUUGAGUGCUAUUGAUCCACUCUGCCAGAGGAUGGGUUUGAUGGUAAAAAUGUGUUGAACAGCAGGAUGGAGGGUGUGUCCUCUACAGCCACUGAUGCCUCAGAUAGAGAGAAAAUGAUCAAUUAUAAUUCAAAAAUGUUUUGAAUCCCUUUAAACUAAACUAUUGUUAUUUUAAUGACUGGAAAGCAGUAAUUCAUGUGUUAACACUGAUUGACUUUGGUGCUGUUUAAAAAAGGGAGGAAUUAAUUUCUAUAACAUGAGGCUAUAAACACUGUAUAUGCUGUAAUUUAAUGGUGUUAUUUUGAUAUUUUUAACAGUUGUACAGUAGUAUUUCAUUCAUUUCUGGCAUGCUUAAUAUGCCCCCCCCCCCCCUUUACACACAUCCUGGUACCAUCUUAUCCUGUGUGUAGACGUCCCGCACCUUUGCUUUUAAACCCUUUUCUUUUGUUUUAAUAAAAACCUAAUAUCA